UAUUGACCUAUCAUUCAGGUGUCCUCUUCCUAUCCUAUUUUCUAAAACGUCGACAACAAUUUCAGAACAGGAAGAACGAUUUUGACUAGCAUUCUAUAUUUUUGUUCAUUACAAUGUCUUUAAUUUUCAGGUCAAAAUUAAGAUCAUCGAGGGCUGGUACUCUCCUUCCAACUCCUGCGACAAUGACAUGAUGAACAACAUUGAAAACAGGGAAGUUUUGCAGGCGAUUACUUCUUGUACUAACGUGGUGCCCAAGAGAAAAGAGAAAACUGGUGAUAUGGCUAUGCUAACUAGAGAAGAACGAAGACGUCGCCGUCGAGCGACUCAGAAAUACCGCACUGCUCAUGCUACAAGAGAAAGGAUACGUGUAGAAGCAUUCAAUGUAGCCUUUGCAGAACUCAGAAAACUCUUGCCAACUUUACCGCCCGAUAAGAAACUAUCUAAAAUUGAAAUUCUGAGACUAGCUAUUUGUUAUAUUGCAUAUUUGAAUCACGUCCUGAAAUCGUAAGACAAUACUAUAAUAACUGUUUUGUCCACGGUUGAAUUGAUCAGCUAAAAUUUUCAUCUGGUUUCUGUUUGUCGAAUAUUUUUUAUAAUUAUUAUUCGGUUUGCGAACUGGAAAUCACCAGAUCAUACGAAAUAUUAAUAAUAAUAUGUUAUAAUACUGUGGUUAUUAUUGGCUAUCAUAAAAGUGGCAUCAUAAGAUUGGCAGAUCACCUGAGGGCAUGAUUGCUAUAAGAUCCGAGUGUACUUUAUCCACGACUGAUUCAAGACAACUGGGGACUUAACUUGGGAGGUUUCAAUUUUAGAUUCAUAAAUGUUUUCGUUCAAACAGUUUUAUCUGUGUCGUAAGCACUACUCGUCGUUUUGACUAUGUGAGAAAAUUAAAUAAAGUAAUCUUGAGACACACAUUGGAAAUAUAGUUUCGUUGAAACAAAACUCCGAAACUUGUUGCUAUUCUUUUAUAAAAUAAAAUGAAUUCAAGAUAUUUUAACAUGAAAUUUAAAAAAAUGAAUCGUUAAAGUGUUAAACUAGCUCUGUACUUUUAGUUUCAACUUUAACAAACCUGAUUUUGUACAUUUAUUUUUAUUGUAUUGUUUAAAUAGAUUGGUUUCUAAAUAUAUUUAUGUUACAGG